AUGUCAGCAGAACAACCAACUGAAGCUCACGCUCCUGAGCAACCGUCUACUACGGUUCCCGAAGUUGAAGAACCCCAGAACGAGCUCACAAAGGCAUUCUCAGAGCAAGACAUUCAGGGUGUAAAGUUUCUACGGUCUAAACUGCCCGAAAUCGCAGAAGAGGUCUAUUCGGAAAAGGGAAAGACCAUCUCCCUCUGGGGUGUCGACUUGUCACCAACUGCACCUACGGCGAAAUCAAGCGUGGUUUUGGUCAAGUUUGUCCGUGCAAGACCCGGCAAUUUGGAAGCAGCCAAAGAUAUGCUAGUGUCGACCCUAAAGUGGAGAAAGGAUUUUAAAGUCGACGGAAUCACCAGCGAGUCUUUCCCCGAGGAUGUGUUCGGCAAAGUCGGUGUCAUUGCUGGACACGACAAGGGUGGACGUCCUGUCACCUAUAAUUUUUACGGCUCGACGGAUCCCAACAUUGUAUUCAAAGAUGUGGAUCAAUUUCUGAGAUGGAGGGUCGGUUUGAUGGAACGCGGGAUCCAGCUCAUCAAUUUCGAGACUGUGGACAGCAUGGUGCAAGUUCACGACUAUGCCGGUGUCAGUAUAAUGGGCGGUAGGACAGCCAAUUCCAAAGCAGCGGCAAAGCAAGCGAGUCAAAUCUUUAGUGACUAUUACCCGGAGCUUCUUUACAAGAAAUUCUUCGUGUCCGUCCCAGCAGUGCUGACGUGGAUAUUCUGGACGUUUACGGCGCUGCUUUCCCCUGCUACACGGGAGAAGAUGUCCGUCGUAGGGAGCGGGCCCGAGACUAUUUCUGAUGCCCUCCUUCCUGUCAUUGACAAGGGUGAACUACCCAAGCGGUACGGUGGGGAGGGUUCCGAUAUCUAA